CUCGGAUUCAGGGUUUGGUGACGCUUGGGCUAUUGAGCCGCCCCUUUCUUCACAUUCGUGACAUUAGGAGGCCAACAGCGACGCUCGUGUGUCGGCAUGUCGUCUCAGAGGCUAAGAUGGGUGACAUAUGCGUCACGCAUUGCACGCACAAGAAGACGCACACGAAAGGAAAGAGCCUGCCUCAGGCACUCACCCAGGGCCUCAUGUACUUACACGCAUUUAUGACGCUGGAUGCAUUGUAAAGCGUUCUCGUUCUGUGUGCCAUCGCUCGCCUUUCAGAGACGAAAAGAAGAGCCGCCCGUGUCUGUUCUGGGCGAAGGGACAGUGGUGCCGCCAUGGCAGCGAGGUGGGCAGGGCACCGAACACGCGUCAUUCACACACGACACACUCACUCAUUCCUCUGCGAGGCAUGACUUAUGCUGCUGUCCGUGUGUGUGGGUUCACUCAGUGCGCCUUCUCGCAUGCCGAGAGCUGGAGGUCGAAUGGGGGCGCGGUGUUGCUGGCGCAGCUGGACAAGGGCGCCACCCGGCAGCCCUCACAUUGUGGGUUUAGGGGCACUUACCACCCGAGGCCCUCUCUCUUAGCAUCCAAUCGCUACGCCACUGGCGGCCAAGGGCUGCACCGGCCAUCGCACGAGCCGUUGUUUGUCUCAAGGAACGACGAGCCAGGCCGCGACGAGAGGGCGAAUCGGCCCGUGCAGCCAGGCAAGGCCACGCCGGCGCCGGGGCCCCGCUGUGUGCCCUUUGAGUCACCAAUGGGUGCCCUGAUCGACCGGAAUAUGUCGCUGGCCAAGGCCACGUUUGUCCACGUAUCGGAUGGGCAGCCGGCGAGCCAGCACCGAUCUGCGUCCGCCCCGCUCUCCUCUCCGGCCGUAUCCCAGCCGACACCGACCCACCACCCCGACCAACGCCAGCAGCACCGCAUCAGCACAUUACAGGUGCAGCACACUACGGACUUCAUGCCCCAGGAGGAGUCCAUUCCGCAGAUCGGGCGGCCGCUGUUCCUGAAGAAGGGCGACAGGAUGAUUCUGAACACCUACAAACAGACCAAUGAGUGGUAUGCACAGUGUCCACACCAACACGGCCAUGCAGUCAUAUGUAUGAGUGCACAUGAGUGUGUGUGUCGGUGUGUGCUGCUUGGUGUUGGUGUGCUGAUUACGUAGGUCGUGGGGUGAGUGUGUGGGGGGCGAAAACGAGGGGCUGUCUGGUUGCUCUCUUUCGUUGUGUGUCCGUUACGACGGUGCCGUGUCCGAGAGCGGACCUUCCCACCCCACAGCAACACCAGAACUCAACGGCAGCCACAUCGCAGACGCGGACGGCGACCAAGUGGCCGACAAUGAGAUGGUAUGGCAUGACCAGCCAGCCAUCGAGCGAUUCAUAUGUCCACCGACACCGCACGUGUGCACGUGUUACAUGUUUUGUGUUUUCAGGAGGUCGCUGGGAUUUACGGCGCGUCCAGGCCUGACGACGGCAGCUCUUCUUAUGAUGACCACCGCCAGCAGCAGGCUCCGCGUGACGAGGCCAACGUGAGCAGCAAACACGCCCGCGCACUGUCGCUCCUAGCGCGGAUGCACUCACAGCUCCUGGUGGGCCGUGCGCUGGCCGCCUGGACGACCACAGUGCGGGAACGGCGAAUGGCUGCGGUGCUGGCGGGGGAGAGGCGACGCCUGCAGAGGAUCAUGCUCUCAUGGAAGAGGCUCCAAACGGCGAGCCUGGCCGAGCAGGAGGUAAAGAACGGACCACUUUACCACAUAUGGGGACAGGCAUAAUGUCAUCUCAUCCGUCUCUCCUGAUCGCUUUAUGCAUCAAUCAGGCUAAGGUGAUGGCCUUUCGUGUUGACUGCCAUAACCGUCUGCUCAAGCGCGUCUGCGCUAAGUGGUACCGCACCAUCAACCUCACCAUCGCCAACCGCGAGCCCUCCAUGAAGGCCCUCAGCAUCGAAGCACUCCGCAAUGGCCUCUCUCUCUUGAGGCGCCAUGCCAUCCUGCGGCAAGCCGACCGCGGCAUCCCGCCCCCGCCCAGUUCCAUCGCACACUCCGCCGCCAGCCAUCGUUAUGCCCUCUAUCAGCGGCGGCAUAAGGCUGAGACCAAACUGGGCCGUCUCGCCCAGCAGCUGACCAAGCAGAGGGCCUUCCAGCAGUGGGGGGCGUGGGUGGGAGAGAGGCGCCGGGUGAGGGCACUUGUGACCGCCCUGCAGGCGAGGCAGAGGGCGGAUCGCGAGAGGCUCACGAGGCGGGCAGUGGGCGGCUGGAGGGAUGCGGUAGCCCACAAGAGGGCACAGCAGAGGGGGGCCGUCGGUGCGAUGGCGGCGGCGCUCCAGAGGCUGUCGAAGCGCGUGUUGGCUGACUGGAAGACGACUGUCGAGGACAUAAAGGUGAGUGCAGCGAGUGGGGGCCAACAAAGGGAAGACACAAACAUCAGUCGAGUGACGGGUGUGUGUGUGCAGGAGAGGCAGGGUGUCAAGGAGGCCGCCGAGCGCGCCGCCCGAGUUAGCGCACAGAUCCGCAGCAAAUACGUCUGCAGGGUGCUGAAGAUACCGCACUCUGAAGGUACGCACAUAAGGGGCACCGCAUGGCAUCGACGCUGCAGAGACAGGCAGGCAGGCAGGCAGGCAACGUUCACCGCACGUGUUGCCGUCUGUCUGCUGUCCUGUCACUUGCUUCAGAUCUGGCGCCAUCGCAGUCGACGACCGCUGCCGACAGCGUACCCACACAUAUCAACGCUGCCCAUCAGGUAUGUAAGGUCGAUCCCGUCACGCACAGACACGCAAGGCACACAAGUGAUGCAUGCGCCUGGAUGUGUGUAUUGUGUCUUUCGUUUCGUCCGUGCGUGUGUGCAGGAGAUGGACGAGAGCGGUGCCAUCGCCAUGGGGACCCGUUCCAGGCUGAUAAACAGGCUCGACAUUGCUCACAGGUGGGCGGGGCGACACGUGUGUGCGUGUGGGGACUUACUCAUCCAUGUGUGUGUCUGGUCUGUUGUGUGUAGCUCGCUUGCCUUGCGCAGCCGUGCCUGGGGGGGAUCGGCAAGGGCCGCCUCCCUCCACCAACACGAUGACCGCACCCAGGUAUGUAAGUGGGCCCACAGUGGGUGGGGACGGAUGGCCACCCAUGCCUCUGUCCAUCGACAUGCUGGUGGGUCUUGUCUGUCUGUGUGGCCUGCCUGGCUGCUGCAGAGAUGCGGCCCUGGAGUCUGCUGGGCCCUGAAGGCCGCCUGGCGAUGGGCGGUGCGACUCGUGAGGGGCAAUUGACUCACUCGCCUACCCCUCACUCUCCUCACUCUCUGCUCUCACUCACUCACUCCUUGACUCAGUGUUAGCUGAUCGCUGGCCUGGCCUGCCUCUCUGCAUUUGGUGUGCCUGUCAAUAUCGGUCGCAUUUGUGUGUUUAGUGUCUGGCUGGCCUGGCUAGUUUGGUUGGCGCCCUGGCUGUCUGCUGUCUUGCAUGGCAUGAGUGACUGAAAGGGUGGAUAGGUGCCCUGCCAGACUGUGUGUUUUCGGGUCUGUCUGUCGUUCGUUCGUGAGUGUCAGCAUUUCGGUGCGUCAUGAGUGUUAUUUGACUGCCAUGGCGGGACUGAAUUUCAAAGACACCCUGAGAGGGAAUUGAACCUGCACUGAACCCGCAG